AUGGUGCAAGGUCUGUCACUGAACACUCUAACUACUUCCCGUAAUGGUGCCUUCUGUGGAUCAAUGCCUUCGUGGAGGAAGCAUUUCAAACUAACGAGGAAAACCCAGAUAAGCUCUGUUAUUGAAAGGCAUGGUAUCUGGCAUCUGUGUCAUCAAAGCUUAGUCUUAAGAGGUAACCCCAAUAUGUUAAAACAAAGGAACGUGAGGGUGGAAGCUGGGUGGCUGUUUAAAAGGGGUGAUCAGGGGUUGAAUGCAAGCUCAGAGCAAAGCGAGGCUGCUAAUGAGGAUAUUUUGAUAUUCUUUUUCCAGCUGGACCUGGCAACUCGAGUUCAGUAUGCUUUGAACACGGAACAGUAUGAUAUUGCACAACAACUAAGAAACAAGCUGACUGAGGUUGAAGCUGAGGUUAUUAGGCAGCAAGAGGCAAAAAGGGGAUCGUCUCCCAAGAGUGAAGCUCAAGAUAAGGCUAUAAGUAUCAUUCGCUUACGUGCAGACUUGCAGAAGGCAAUUGAGAGUGAGAAUUAUGCAUUAGCAGCCAAGCUACGGGAUGCAAUAUCUGAACUGGAGGCAGAAUCACUGGCUGCAUCCGCAAAAGCUCUGGCACAUGAAAAUGCAAAUUAUUCGUUUCGUUUGGGACAGAGAGUGAGGCAUAAAAAUUUUGGCUAUCGAGCAGUGGUUUGUGGAAUGGAUCCUGUAUGUUGUGAAUCAAGUUCAUGGAUGCAAACUGCACAGGUUGAAAAGUUGCAUCGGGGCUCUAAUCAGCCAUUUUAUCAGGUUUUGGUUGAUGUACAUGCGGACCCCAACCUUCUGGUGGCAUAUGUUUCUGAGGAGAAUCUUUUAGCCCCUGACGAACCAGAUGUGGAUCAAUUUGAUCAUCCCUACAUUUCCUUUUUAUUCUAUGGGAUGGAUGCCGCUGGGGAUUUCAUCCCGAUCAAGCAAUUGCGAGAGAAGUACAAUAGACCCCGACAUGAAAUACCCUUUGAUCCACUAGAUGAGGGGCAUGGAAGUGAUGCUUAG